CCGAAUACCGGCAUUUUUGUUUCCCGAGUUUGUGUUUGUCGUAAAGCGCCUGUUUUCUGCGGAGGAGCACAUGCUGCGGAAAGGGGGCGAAGAACUCGAAGAACUAUAAAACAGUUAGGACGCGCGUCUACUCGCUUUGGGGAUAAGUUAACGGGACCAGGCAAGGGUAACUAUGGAUGCCCUCGAAAUAACAUCGACACAUUCUUCGGAGUUGGAUGGAUCCAGCACUAUGGACGAUGACAAAGGAUCGGACGGUGCUUUCACGGAGCGAGUGCGCGUUGACAGGCGCAAACUCGAAGAGAUGCUUCAAGAAAAUGACCCCGGACAGCCAACUCCUGCAGAUGGAUUCUUUACGAAAAUCAUGGAUGAAACUGACGCACACAUCUCUUGGCCAUCCAAACUCAAAGUUGGUGCCAAGUCCAAAAAGGAUCCCCACGAGGUUAGUGGACCACCCGAGGCCAUCGCGAAGGCCCGGGAGAAAAUCCUCCAAGUUUGGGACACAAAGAGACACCGAGUGACCCUAAAGAUGGACGUCUCCUUCACGGACCACUCCUACAUAAUAGGCAGGGGAGGCCACAUCAUUCAGCGGGUGAUGGACGACACGGAGUGCCACAUCCACUUUCCAGACUCCAACCGAAGUAGCCGUACCGAAAAGAGCAACCAGGUACCUUUCUCGCAGCUGCGGGCGUAGCAGGUUGCUGGGACAUCUGCAGGAGUGGAGAAGGCCCGCGCACAGAUAAGAGAAUUGCUUCCCAUGAUGCUGAGCUUCGAGCUUCCUCUGAGCGCCCUCUUCCAUCUGGCUCUCGAUCCCGCCUUCAUCGUGCUGCCGGAGCUCCAGCGUGUGUACGGCAUUGCAGUGACGUUUCGACACUUUCACCCCAACCUCACGAGGGUGAUGGUGAAGGGGUGCCGCAGGAACGUAGACUCCCUGCGGCAGGGACUCCUUGUUCUGACGGACUACCUCACUGGCGGGGCCAGGACCAUGCAGACAACCAUGGACCGAUCGCCGCCUGGUUGCGAGAGUUGGCCCCCAGACCUCGGCACUUCUGUCUCCGACAAACGAAAGAUGACACUUGCAGACACUCGUGAAAGCGCCUUCAGCUUCAGCAACCUAUUUGACGGUCUGCGCACACGAUCCACGCUGGACGAAGAUGCGUACAGGGACUUGCCCCACCUGUUCAGCCACUUGGGCCUCAGCAAAUACAUCAACGUAUUUGAACAGAACGAGAUUGAUCUCCAGACAUUCCUCAUAAUGACUGACAGUGACCUUCAAAAGCUGUGCAUUCCUUACGGGGCCAAAAAGAAGAUGCUGCUUGCCAUUUCAGAUCUCAACCAGCAGAAGUUUCCAAGGAGCUUCCACGCGGCGCCGGGCGCUGAACGCAGGGUUCUCCACCAAUGAGGAGACGGGACGUGCUGGGAUCCUCAUUUUUUAUACGCAUUUACUCUGUUCCGUUGAUGCUUUUAAUGUUCCUAAAGUAACAAAGGGCUAACUUAAAGAGGUGGAGCACAGGCUGUUCUCUCUCAGCUCUGUGCUCCACCGAGUGAAACUGUGAUUCUAUUAAUGACAACCCAAGGACGAGUUAUUUCUCGGCAGCUUCAGUAUUUAUAUAUCCAAAUGGCUUUUCAAGCCUUUGUGAACAAUGUAAUUUGUUUUUCUGUUUCUUUUUACGUGAAUGUGUGUUCCAGUUGUCCCUUUAAAUGGACUCUCCUGCGGUGCGCAUCACCUGCGCAGCUGCCCUCAAGUUCUCUCGAGAAAAACAUUCCUAUUGUUUGUUUUAAAGUGCCUUUUGCAGGAAAAAUGUGCAAUACAUAUACAUAUACAUACAUGCAUAUGUAUGUAUGUAUAACCCUCUGCUAGGAUGCAGUUCCCUAUUUUACUGUAAUCUCUCGGUGUAACCCCCACCCCCCACCCUUUUUACAGAGUGCAAUUUUUAGGCAGCACAGACGGAGGUUUUAUGCGUUCCACAAUUCCAGUCUUGUGAUGCUUCAACACUGCUAAGCAAAAUACUCACUUUUUAUAUAUGUAUAUUUGAUACCACUACUGGCCUUCCAUUGAAUGUUGAAUUUUACAACUUUACAGUGUUUGCCAAAACAUCUAGUCCAAGAAGUGUUUGUAUAUUUUUGCAAUGUUUCUCUGGUUGAAUUCUGAAAUAAAAUUUUAUGACUCGGA